UGUGUCACCUCGUACACGAGAUUCAAUACGAUCUCUAACUCUGUCAUUUUUGUACACAAAAUACGGAUGUCUGUCUUAUCAGUUUUAUUAUGAAGAAAACAUCGUCUUAGAUAGCUAUGACUUCUCCGAUUUCGUGUGAAAGAAUGUUUCGCCACUGAAAAUACCAAAUGUUUAGCGAAGGUUACUGACUAUCGCUAGAGCGAGAAGGGAAGAUGGCGACCAGUGCGAAGAUGUCAUUCAACUUCUACCAGAAUGGAAAAUACGGUACCAUACCUCAGAACCCAUCAAAAGACAUGGAAGUUACACAGGAUAUGCAUCUUAAAAUGUCCAAAAAGAUCGCACAGCUGACAAAGGUUAUAUAUGCUCUCAACACCAAAAAUGAUGAACAUGAAGCUGUUGUGGCUGCUCUUAAAGAACACCAUGAAGAACAGAUGCAGCAAUUGCUUGCAGAGACUAAAGACAAAAUUGAGUUGUAUAAAAGUAAAAUAUGUAACGAAACUGAGUACAGGCACAGGAUAGAAUCUCUUGAAAUGUGUGUUGCACAGUAUGAACAGAAGAGAAAAGAUGCAUUCUCUCAGUUUGAGACAUUCAAACAGCAGGCUGAAAAGAGGGAAUCAGCAUUGAAAACAGAACAUUCAGAGAAAAUGUUGGCAUUGUCACAAGAAGUUUUAGCAAUGAAAAGAGACUUUGAAGAACAGCUUCAGAAAUUUUCAGACUUGAAAUUUGAUGUAGAGAGUAACCAGCGUCAGUGUAUCGAGGAACUUCAGAAGCAGCAUGAGCAAGAAUUACUCCAACUUAGAGAGACGUGCCAAGGAAAAGCCACUGACUUUGAUUCUGAGAGAUUAAAACUUGAAGAAUUACACAAACACAACAUUCUGAAACUGGAGGAGCAAUAUGAGGCUUUGAAGUCAGAAAAGUCCAAAAUGAUGGAAGACUAUGAGGGUAAACUCAGCAAGGCAAAAGCCUUUUAUGAAAAUGAACUGAGUGUCUUCAAAAAUGCACAGUCUUCCAGUUUUGAGAAAGAACUUGAGGCUUUACGCCUGGAGCAGAGUAAAAUGAAGAAAGACUUCGCAUUCCAAGAAUCUGAGUUAAAACAGAGAAUAGACAGUUUGAUUGAGCAACUAUCAACGAGUGAAGAUGAAAUUAGCUCCUACAAACAACAGUUGGAAAUGUUGCAGCUAUCUGUGACAGGCAAAGAUACGGGAAUGACUGAGCUAAAUAAACAGCUGCAGGCAAUGCAGGAUGAGGCAGCCAGUGCUCAGAGACAACUAAAGGAACAGGAGGCUGAGCUGGUGGCCUCCAGGCACAUGUGCUCACAGCAGGCCCAGGACCUCCUAAACAAGUCCAGCUUGAUCGGUGAACUAGAAGCAACACGCAUACAGCAUCAAUCUAAAAUUGUGGAUCUUCAGUCAGAGUUGGCAAAACUUCAAGACAAAUUAAAAUGGCUGGAAAAAGAACGACAAGAUCUGGAAAGCCAGCAAUCCACUCUUUCGCAAACUUCCAGCAUAAAAUUAAAAUCCCUGGAACAGGCCCUGGAGGACAUCUCAGUGGAGAAACAAACGAUGAAAGAAAAAUAUGACAGAGAAAUCAAAAGUAUGAAGGAGCGGUUUGAAGAACGAGAGCGAAGCCUCUUGUCCGAUCAUGCCAGUCAACUGGAUGACCUUUCAAAGCAACAUCAAAAUGAAGUGAAACUUGAAAAGGAGCAGGCUCUGAAAACUCUCAGUGAUACCACUCAGAGUUUGAAGAAGAAGUUAGAUGAAGAAACUGAGAGACUAACUAGGGAGAAGGCUGCUGUUGUGGCAGAGUUCGAGAAAGUCAAAGCGGAUUUGUGUAGUAGGCUGGAGGCAGCUGAGAAAGAGGUGGAGAAGCUGGAGACUGCUGUGAAGGAAAGUGAGUCUGGGCUGGGCUCAGCCUCAGUCCACAUCAACAACCUGAAGGAUGCUUCUGUCAGGUUGAAACAAGAGCUGGAUAAUAGCAGAGCAGAACUCAAACAGGCCAAGGCUAAUGCUGCUAAAUUACAGGCUGAGUUAGACAAGCAGAAGCUGUCAUAUGAGGCAAAGUUAACAGCAGCAGAGCAUGACUUACAGAACAGAACACAGCAGCUUACAGCAGAUUUGGAGAAAAAAUGGACAGAUACAUUAAGUAAGGAGACAGAACAGCUGCGAAAGGACCUGGUGAGACAGAAGGAUGAUGAGAUGAAGGCAGCCCUGGUACAGCUAGCCAAACUGAAGGAUGAGGAAUUGGCUUGUGUGAGGGAGGAGAGGGAACGACAAGUCACAAUGCUCCUCACUCAGAUAUCUGACUUGAAGAACAAGAUGGAGAAUUCUGAGUCAUCAGCCUCACAAAGCUUGGAGAAGUUACAUCAAGACAUGGCAAACCAGAAGAGGAGACUGGAGGAGGAGGUGAAGAAAGUAGAGAAGGAGAGCUCUGCCAAGGUAGACAACCUAGAGAGGGAACACAGGGAGCAAAUGGUGACAUUGCAGAAACAGAGGGAGGACCAGUUAGCUGAACUUGAGCAGAGGCUAAAGGCCUCUCACCUGGAAGAGAUGCAGGGGCAGAUAACUGCUCACAAAGCAGCCCUGGAUAAUGCACUGAAAGAGUCAGAGCAAGCUAAACUUGUUCAGUUGGGAGAUUUGAAAGCAAAGCACAAGCAUGAUUUAGACACAUUACGGUCCCAGCUGACGGAGUCCCACUCUGUGGAGAUACAACAACAGACUGAGGCUCAUCAGUCCCAGAUCCAUGCAGCCAGACUAGAGCUGGAGCGGUCUGUGGAGAUCACUAAACAAAAGGAAAGAGAUCAUAAGAAUAAAACAGAAGAGUUACAGUCUGAAAUUUCCCAGCGAGAGAGACACAUCAAAAAUUUGGAUGACGAGGGCCACAAACUGAGACGACAGCUGGAAUACUUGUCACGGGAGAUAGAGAACAAAGGAAAGGAAAUCUCCAAGAUCAAAGUAGAAGCUGACAUGACUCUGAAAGCACAAGAGGAGUCAUUGAGAGCUCGCCAUGAAGCUAACCUCAGUAACCUGGCUGCUGAUCAUCUGCGAGAGACUCAGGAAAUGCUAGUGGAAUUUAACAGAGCACAGGAACUACUCAAGGACAAAAUAUCAGAACUGAAUAUCAUGUUGGAGGAGGCUGAGGAGAGGUACAGAUUACGAGAUUCACGUCCUGAAGAUUUGGAGCUGAUUCAUCAGUUGAGAGAGGCUGUCUCAGAGAGAGAGGGACGCAUGAAGGCAUUGAUUGAUGAGAAGAGGUAUUAUCAGAUGGAGUUAGUCAACAGAGAGACAAAUUUCAACAAAGUGUUUAAUUCUGCUCCGAAUGUUGGAGUGUUAAACCCUUUAUCAAAGCCAAAGAAGAAAGGUAGCAGUGGGAAGUUUAUUAGUGCACCAAAUCUGAAUGCCUGGAGUAGUGCUAAUAGACUAGAUCCCUUGCCCAAUUCUCCGCUCCAUGAUGAAAAACUCAACCCCACCAGACCCUUACCUCAGCCAAAUUUUGCUAAGAAGUUUGUGAGAUAAGGUUACCUCACAAGGACUCUUUGCUGUUUUCGCUUGUGAUUUUCAGUGACAGACUUUGACCAAAGACUGUGCGAGAGCUGAUGCUUCAGACUGCUUCCAAUAAAUGCACCAGAGGAGUUAUCCCCCUUCACAGACUGCUUCUCUCUUGACAACCUCACUCUUGACAACCUCACCUGUUUGAAUGCGACAGUUAUCUUGAUAUACUUCAAGUACCAGCAACAUCAACAUUCAGGAGUUGAGAUCCAAACAGUGACUUUCACACGUACUUUCUGUGAUAGGUCAUAAUAAUUGACUCCAAAAGUAUGGAUUUCAGGAAACAGUGAUGUGAAGUAGAAACAGAUCCUUUGUACUCAGGUAUUAAUUUUUUUGUGAAAGGCAUUGUUUUUCAUUAGAAUAUAUUUCCUCAUCAUUUCAAACCUGAAGGUGUUUCAACUGGUAUGAAGUGCCUAAUCAUGGUUAUUUACAGAACCAGUAUUACUAUUUAUAUUCAAUGAGAAAUUUGCAAUCGUGCUUUUUAAUAUCCAGUGUUGUGUAAGGUUUUUAUAUUAUUUGCAGUUUAGUUGCUUUGUUCAUUUUAUAGUAUAUAGAUAUGUAUUAUUAUUUCUUUGUAUACAUGUACUUUAUUCAAGAAGUGGAGUUAAAUGUUUUAUCAUAAAAAGCACAGAAAUUGUCAGUAGUAUCUGAAUCACCAGAUAUUUCCAAGGCACACCUUUUAGAGAUGAAACCAAGUUUAACAUGAUCCAGGUUGGAAGUCCCACACUCACAGGAAGAAAACUGAGACAGGGGACCUCCCUGAAAGUUACCCCUUCCCCC